UUGUUGAGUUUCACCGAUAUACUUUAGUCUUAAAAAAUAUUUCCUUUAAUUUUUUCUGUAACGAUAUAUUCUUUGCGCCUGUACAAGUCACUGUGUUUUCCUGAUCAGAAACCAAACGGGUUAUGACCCAUCUAAAAAAGUUAUCAUUUUGACUGAUUAGUGAUGUGGUGUUGUUGCAUUGGGAUUUUGGGUUUGUAGCAAAAAGAUCAGAGGUUUGGUAAAGAAAUGGGGAGAAAAAAGAAGGUUAUAAAUAAGGAUGAAUCGGCAGAGGGCUGCUGUUUUGUUUGCAAAGAUGGAGGAACUCUACGGGUUUGUGAUUACAAAGAUUGCCUUAAAGCUUAUCACCCUAUCUGCGUGGAAAAAAAUGAUAAUUUCCUGGAGAGUGAAGUUCCCUGGAGCUGCAAUUGGCAUUCUUGCUUCAUUUGCAAGAAGUCUGCAACGUUCAAUUGCUUAUGUUGUCCAAAUGCUGUGUGCGGGUGCUGCCUCCGUGAUGCUAAUUUAGCGAUAAUUAAAGCGAAAAGUGGAUUCUGCUAUCACUGUUCAACUCUUGCUGGAAUUUUAGAAGGAGUAAUAGACUUGAAUGAGCCGAAGGUAAACCUCAGCCUUGAAGACUCCUAUGAGUUUCUGUUCAAGUGUUAUUGGGAAUAUAUUAAAGAGAAAGAAGGGAUAACUUCAGAACAUGUCAAGUAUGCAAAUUAUCUUUUGAAUGACAAUAGGAAUUAUGACUCUAAUUUAAGUGAUAAUUAUGUUGAAGAAGAAGGACUUAGUGAUUUUGAAGAUCAACUUACCAUGACUUAUAGAUUGAAUGAUGUGAAAGAGCAUAAACCAAGUCACAGUAGAAAGAGAAGCAAGGGAAAGCCAUGUGUAGCAAAAAGAAAGGAAAGAUCAAAGACUAAGAUGUUCCUUGGUUGGGGAUCAAAAUGCCUAUUUGAAUUCCUUACAUCCAUCGGUCAGGAAACAAACAAAGAAUUAUCACAACAUGAUGUGACCAUUAUUAUUUUUGGGUAUUGCAGAGAUAACAAUCUUCUUGACCCACUGAAGAGAAAAAAUAUUCUUUGUGAUGAAAAACUACGCUCUCUUCUGGGAAGGAAGUUUGUCAAUAAGAAUAGCAUAUAUAAGCUAUUGACAAAACAUUUUGCCAAGAACUUGGAAGAGUCACAGAAUGAGUUUGUAAACAGCUUAGAAGCAGAGGGUCAGGAUGCAUUAUCACCUUGUAAAAGGAAGAAAAACUCAAGUUGGGAAGGAAAGUCUCAGAAUAAGAAAGUAGUUUCAGAUAUGCAACGCAGCUGUUUUGCAUCUGUCAUACCUAGGAAUAUCAAACUUGUCUAUCUGCGGAGGAGUGCACUUGAGGAACUGUCAAAGCAGCCAGAGAUCUUUGAUGCUAUUGUAAUGGGUAGUUUUGUGAGAGCGAAAACUGAUCCUAAUGAUUGGAUGCAGAAAAACUCUCAUCAGCUCGUGCAAGUGAUAGGCAUAAAGAGAACUUCAAUAAAUGGAGAAGAGAAUUCAGAUAUUCUCCUGCAACUUUCCAAUAGAGUGUCAGAUGUACCGAUUUCCAAAGUAUCAGAAAAUGAUUUCUCCGAGGAAGAGUGUCAGGAUUUGCAUCAGAGAGUGAAAGAUGGCCUGCUUAGAAGGCCUAAUGUUGCAGAGUUUGAGGAGAAGGCCAGAAGUCUCCACGAGAUUAUAACAAAAAAUUGGAUUGCCAAAGAACUGGUUGCACUAUCAAAUCUCAUUAAUCAGGCAAACGAGAAGGGAUGGAGAAAAGAGUUUUCUGAGUACAUGGACAGAAAGCUUCUACUUCAGACACCCGUAGAACAAACACGAUUGUUACAAGAAGUUCCAGAAGUAAUUGCAGAUGAAAUAGAAGUUCAAACUGCAUGUAAGGACAUGUCUAGGAAGGAUGAGCAAACUGACGUGCCAAAAUCAGCCCUUAAAGGGGCAUCACAACCUCCCAAAAGAAGUUCAGAAGGCAUUAAAGGUUCUUCUUGCUGCCUGGAUGAUGGAGCAAAUGGUGCAGCGGAAAAGAAGCAUUUUGGAGCUUUUGAAAAACUUCAACAUCAAUCACGCACUACAACUCGUGAUGGUAAAAAUUGUGGCUUUAUUCAGACAGGGAGUAAGCAGUAUUUUGAAAAGUUGAACAAAAACCGCUCCAGAGUAUCCCAACCCAAAAUAGUCUCGGGACAAACUCCUAGUCCUUUUUCUGAAGGCAUGCCCAGUGCUUUUCUUCCACUAAAGCAAUGUCAACCUGUUAACAGUAUUUCCAGAGAUGAGCAAAAUGAACAGGUAGACAUUGAGUGUCAAAACAAGAAGCAAAGCACUCCAAGAGAUGGAUCUAAUGAGCCAAGCGCACCAAGAUUUAAGUUGAUUGUGUCAAGCAAUAAUGGAGAGCAAGAUCCAAGUGCUGCAGCUAAUCAUACUGGUGAGUCAGGGAUCGCUUACCUCACUGUAAUUGCAGAUAAGCAGCAUCAUAAAGGAGCUGCAUUGGAAGUAAAUCAUCAAUUACACUCUCAUCCUCAUGAUACUCAAGAUGGUAGCACUCUUCGGACGGAGAGGAAUGAAGGUUGUCAAAUAAAGCAUACCAAUAUUAGAGCAGUACAUGCUGAAGCCUUCCCAGCAAAAGUUAUUGCUUCUAUUUCUCAAGGCCGACCCAAUGCCCUUCCACAAGAGCCGUAUCAGCCUGCUAAUGAUAUAUCUAAGACAAAACAACAUGGACAGGUAAAUGUUGCCCAUGAAAACAAGAAGCAAAGUGCUCCAGCAGCUGAUUUAAUUGUGUUAAGUGAUGAUGAGAAGGAAGAUGCAAGUGCUGCAGCUAGUAAGCAAAAAAUUCAGAAUUUAAACUGCUCCAUAUGGAAUUGCAUGAGUCCAAAUGGUAUGAAAACAGGGCCUUGGUCAAUGUUACUGCUUAAGGAAUGGAGUGAUAGUGAUUCCUGUGUAUUAAAAUGGAAGGUUUGGAAGAGCGGUCAGAGCCCAGAAGAAGCAAUUUUUCUAAAUGAUGCCCUCCACCAGGUUUUCAAUAGAAAGAAAUGUUGACGUUUUUCAUUUUUCACUCGGUUACCGGCAUGAAGCGUCCAAGCCAAGAUAAAGUAUUUCCUUCCGAAUUACUAGUUUGCUCACUAUUUUAUGUUCAGAUUUUGGCAUAACGCUUUCAUAUGUACAUAACCAAAUUUCAGAAAGACUAGCCUCGAUCACUUCAUGGUGGUUUUUAAA